GCCUAAACUCUGCCUUUUAGGAUGGAGUUCCUGCAAAGAGUACACGUGGUGCCACACUUGAGCUGCAUAUUGCACUAUUGGACGAGCACAUCCCCUUUCUGCUCUUAUUACUCUGUCACAUUCCAUGCGAGUCGGCAUGCAUGUUUGUGUACCUGCAGGGAAAAUCUCUCGUGGGCGAAUGUAAUCGAUUGGUGGCUGGAACAGGGUACCCACCUAAUUCACAUUGAGGAGUGGGACUGUCGAACACUCAGCCAUUCUUCAGCUAGUUGGUUGAUAAGCAGAGCAGGGCAGGGCAGAUCAGAUGAAAAUAAAGUACUUGCAGCACUAGCAGGAACAAUAGACCUGGUCCACACUUCACUUGACUGCCCUGUCAGUGUAAGUUGUCAUGAAUGCUAGUUGUGAUGAUUCUGGGUGAAAGGUGAUAAACUUCUCCGAACUGCAGCAAAUGGCAGAACCUGGUCAUUUCAACCCAAAGGGGUGACCGUGUGGUGCCUUGUUCACAACCAGUAUUCAAAAAAUUGUGCAAACGCCAGUGAAACUGGUAACUGUAAUUCAUGACCUUAAAAUCAUGCAAUUUGUAAGCACAGUUUGCACUCAAUUCUGCCUGGACUGCAAUAGUAUUUCGAUGGAAAUUAGGGUUGAAACUCCAAGCCAUGCAUAAAGAAGUUAAUCUCAGUAAUGCUGACCAUGAUACUACUAGACUUAUAAAAACCUACUGAAACAAACCCACUGUCCUUACCUGGCCUGUCCUAUAUGGGACUGUAUUCCGAUCUGGGGAUGAACAAGUCCCUCAGUUAUAUUCAAGAAUGUGUUCCUGAGAUCAGUUAGAGAUGAGCAGAUCCACAAAGAAUCUUGCUAAUGUAACUCAAUGGUGCACAGAGUCCGUGAUAAAUCUCUGGAGGAUAUAAAUGUGGCGAUGAAAUGGGCAGAGAAGUGACAGGUGAAGUUCAAAGCAGAGAAAUGUGGAGUCACUCGUAGGUUGCUAGGAAGAACAUGGAGAGAGAAUAUCAAAUAAAGAUUGGAACUCUAUAGCGAAUGCAACCUGGGUGUAAAUGUGCAGAAGUCAUUGAGGAUAGCAGGACAGGUUGAAAGAGUGGUAAAUGGUGUACACUAUACCCUGGGUUUAUUAAUAGGGGUUAAUGAUGCACACUAUACCCUGGGUUUAUUAAUAGGGGUUAAUGAUGCACAUUAUACCCUGGGUUUAUUAAUAGGGGUUAAUGAUGCACACUAUACCCUAGGUUUAUUAAUAGGGGUUAAUGAUGCACUCUAUGCCCUGCGUUUAUUAAUAGGGGUUAAUGAUGCACUCUAUACCCUGGGUUUAUUAAUAGGGGUUAAUGAUGCACACUAUACCCUGGGUUUAUUAAUAGGGGUUAAUGAUGCACACUAUACCCUGGGUUUAUUAAUGGUUGUUAAUGAUGCACAUUAUACCCUGGGUUUAUUAAUAGGGGUUAAUGAUGCACACUAUACCCUGGGUUUAUUAAUGGUGGUUAAUGAUGCACACUACACCCUGGGUUUAUUAAUAGGGGUUAAUGAUGCACACUAUACCGUAGGUUUAUUAAUAGGGGUUAAUGAUGUACACUAUACCCUGGGUUUAUUAAUGGUGGUUAAUGAUGCACACUAUACCCUGGGUUUAUUAAUAGGGGUUAAUGAUGCACAUUAUACCCUGGGUUUAUUAAUAGGGGUUAAUGAUGCACACUAUACCCUAGGUUUAUUAAUAGGGGUUAAUGAUGUACACUAUACCCUGGGUUUAUUAAUGGUGGUUAAUGAUGCACACUAUGCCCUGGGUUUAUUAAUAGGGGUUAAUGAUGCACACUAUACCCUGGGUUUAUUAAUAGGUGUUAAUGAUGCACUCUAUACCCUGGGUUUAUUAAUAGAGGUUAAUGAUGCACACUAUACCCUGGGUUUAUUAAUAGAGGUUAAUGAUGCACACUAUGCCCUGGGUUUAUUAAUAGGUGUUAAUGAUGCACACUACACCCUGGGUUUAUUAAUAGGGGUUAAUGAUGUACACUAUACCCUGAGUUUAUUAAUGGGGGUUAAUGAUGCACACUACACCCUGGGUUUAUUAAUCGGGGUUAAUGAUGCACACUAUGCCCUGGGUUUAUUAAUAGGGGUUAAUGAUGCACACGAUACCCUGGGUUUAUUAAUAGGGGUUAAUGAUGUACAAUAUACCCUGGGUUUAUUAAUAGGGGUUAAUGAUGUACACUAUACCCUGGGUUUAUUAAUAGGGGUUAAUGAUGUACACGAUACCCUGGGUUUAUUAAUAAGGGUUAAUGAUGCACUCUAUACCCUGAGUUUAUUAAUAGGGGUUAAUGAUGCACACUAUACCCUGGGUUUAUUAAUAGAGUCUCAAUAUUGCCUCCUGGGAUCUCCGCCACAAGCCUUCCUCCAUCUUGACUGUUUCCUGUCAUCUAAUCAAUUACCUCAUCAAAACUCUCCAGCAGAUUAGUUGAACACCGUUUUUCCUUAACAAAUCCAGACUACGUUUCCUUAAUUACCUUGAAUUUGUCCAUCUGACUCUAACUUUACUCCCAAAUUAUUGUUUCAAGAUGCUCCCUCUUUCUCUUUGUCGGAAUUUGGACUAGUUUUCCCUCACUGUUGCUACAACUGUGUGUGGCUGAGUCGAUAGCAGAGAUGGAUUGAAAGUGAAAAAGAUGAAGAGGGGCAAAGGUUUAGAAGAAUGCGUUGAUGGGAUUGAAUUAAUCUGCGUGGGAGAAGGUUCAUGUGGAAAUAAACAACAGACAGAUGGACAGAAUGGCAGAUCACUCUGAUUUUGAUUCAUUGUGUUGUCUUGCA